GUGAGACGCCGAAGUGGUGUGCAAGAGAGAAGAACCAAAUAAUACCUAGCAAAGUAGGUCAUCCACUCGACUGACCGGUGGGAUAAGUCGUAGAAUAUUUUGCUUAAUAUAUUUGAGAGGCUGUAACUUCUGUCUAACCACUGUUUUCAUUUUGCAUCACAUCCAGUUCAACCCGAAAGAGAUGGUGAUGGAGAAACCUAGCCCCUUGCUCGUUGGACGCGAGUUUGUGAGGCAGUACUACACACUCCUGAACAAAGCUCCUGACUACCUGCACAGAUUUUAUGGCCGGAACUCCUCAUAUGUCCAUGGAGGUCUUGAUGGCAGUGGGAAGCCAGAGGAGGCUGUGUAUGGACAGGCUGAGAUCCACAAGAAGGUGAUGUCACUGCAGUUCAGCGAAUGCCACACCAAGAUCCGUCACGUGGAUGCCCAUGCCACUCUGGGUGAUGGUGUGGUUGUCCAGGUGAUGGGCGAGCUGUCCAACAGCGGCCGACCAAUGAGGAGGUUCAUGCAGACCUUUGUUCUUGCACCUGAGGGCUCUGCUGCAAACAAGUUCUACGUGCACAAUGACAUCUUCCGCUAUGAGGAGGAAGUCUUUGGUGACUCAGAGGCUGAACUUGGAGAGUCUGAGGAAGAGGAGGCUGAGGAAGAGCAGACAGAGACUCACACCUCCCCUGAGCCUGCCCAGGACCGCCCUGCCAGCGCUACAUACUAUGAGCAAGCCCCUGUCAGCAAUGGUGUGGAAGAGCAGCAGGAGGAGGCUGUACCUGAGGCUGAACCAGAGCCCCAGCCUGAGCCAGAGGCCAAUCCUGAGGCAGAGGCGGAGCCAACCCCAGAACCGGAGCUUCAGGCUGCAGAGGCGGAGCCUGAGGAGGAGGAGAAGCUUCCGGAAGAGCCUGAGGAGAAAGCCCCUUCCCCUGCUCCUGCACCAACUCCACCAUCACAAACACCCGAGCCCCCCAAGACCUUCUCCUGGGCUUCUGUGACCAGUAAGAACUUGCCUCCCAGUGGAACCAUCCCAGCCUCGGGUAUUCCCCCCCAUGUGGUCAAAGCCCCUACCGCACAGCCAAGGACUGAGGUGAAGCAGGAUGCCCAGGCCCCGUUGCCUAGAGACCAGAGGAGAGACAGGCCAGGCUUUGCAGCCCGAGGACCCAGAUCAGAUGGUGCAUCAUCAGACUCACAGGGUGGAAAACCUUACUUCAGCUUCAAAGGCCGAGGUGACUCUGAGAUGGGAGAGUCUGAGGGCAGGAGGGCUGUGCGUUACCCAGACAGCCACCAGCUCUUCGUGGGGAACCUGCCACACGACAUCGAUGAAGGCGAACUUAAGGAAUUCUUCAUGACUUUCGGGAACGUUGUGGAGAUGCGGAUUAACACAAAGGGAGUUGGCGGGAAGCUGCCCAACUUUGGCUUUGUCGUCUUCGACGAUUCAGAACCUGUGCAAAGGAUUCUUGGAGCUAAGCCUAUCAUGUUCCGCGGUGAGGUGCGCCUGAACGUGGAGGAGAAGAAAACCAGAGCGGCCAGGGAGAGGGAGACCAGAGGUGGUGGACCUGGAGACGGUCGCCGUGGAGACCGUGGACCCGGCGGACCCAGAGGCCCCAUGGGAAACGGAAUGGGGCGUGACAGAGAUGGCCGUGGUCCUCCAUCCUCCAGGGGUGGGCUUGGCUCUGGCAGGGGAGGCGGGCAGAGUGGAGAAAACCGAUUUGCUGGACAACGCCGCUGAGGGCUUCUAGAGGAUAGGAGGAGGAACUGCGCUCUCUAAUCACACCUUUGGGCGAAAAAUCUUUUUUGGUUUUUUUUCUCUCUUUUUUUUUUUCCUUUAUUUUUUCCUCUUUGGCUUUUGGAAUGUGACUGACCGUCAACCAUUCGAUGUGAAAGACUAAACAGAACUCACUCUCUCACUGAUAAGGAGCUGUUUUCAAAAAAAAAAAUCUUUCAUCACAUUUUUUUUUCUUUUGCAAAGAGAAAGAAAGAAGAGGGACUGAUGCGACGAUGUUUAUUUUCGAUAGAACAAAAGAUGAAUGUCACAAAAAAAGAGUGUCUUCAUGGAACUGUCGAUUCGCACAUUUUAUAAUGGACAAACAUCAAAGCUUCAAAAAAAUCAACGCUCACUGUACAAGUUAUUUAUUUUGUUAGUUAAUAAAAACAGUGGUGGUGCCUUAAACUGUUCUCUCGCCCUAUCUCUCUCUUUCAGCUUGUCUAAAGAUGUGGGGACUUAAGUUGACAAGAGCUAUUGCAUAGAUUCAUUGCCAGAAAUCACAUAUGAUCGCAAGACAGUGUUACCGGUACUGAUUAUUGAUAAUCCAAGAUUAGUACUGUUUCUGUGGACUUAUUUUUAUGUAUAGAUUUUUUUGUUUUAGUCUGUCCAUAAGAUGGCUGGUAAAAAGUCUCGCUGAAGCAGAGCUUAAGUGCCCGCAGUAUUCCAUACUGAAUGUUUUCCAAAUGUGCAGUUUUGAUUUUAUAUUUUUCUUUUGAUUCUGAAAAACCACUUUGCACGGCCACAUCCUUAAAGUACUGCUCUUUUGAUAAGACGCUUGGUUGUCUUGCACUUUUCUCCCCGACACACACAUGCAUUUAGUUCCAGUGCCCUGUCAUUUCGCACGGGUUUGGAUUUUACUUUACUAUUGGCUUCAGCAGGUUAAGUUUGAAUGUGUUUUCGACUUUCAAUAAACUACUGAU